UAAGGAAGUUGAUGCCCAGGGCCGAGGCAGGUUGGCAGAUGAUGCCCAGGGGGACAAGGUGGCUGUGGGAGCAAUGAGCCAUACCUGAUCACGCAGGACAGAAAAGCACCCCGGGCUGGUGGGGCUGCGUGUGCUAAGAGCGAAGCUGGAGGAAACAGCCAAGAAAGGAAGGGGAAAGCAGAGCCGCUUUCGGGAAGCCGGGCCCCCUGCCAAGCCGCGUUUCAUCGGCAGCGCUGCAAACUCAGCGAGCGCCGUCAGCAGCGACCGGGGUCGGGCAAAACCACCGCGACCCCGGGGCCUCCCGUGCCGCCUCACUUCUCCUAUUUCCCAGCUCAAAUAGAGGGAUGCUGCGGGGCCGGGGCUGGGGCCGGCAUGGCUGUGCGGGCAGCCCUGCUGCUGGCCGCGCUGCUGCUGUCCCACCGCCCCGGGGACACAGGUGAGCCUCCCCUGUGCCCGCGGGUGGCCCUGGGGCUUCUGAGGCUUUCCGGCCUUGGGGUGGGCGAUGGUGGGACGAUGGGUGUGCCCGUCGGCGGGGUGAUGCCAUGGCCGUGUGCCCCUCCAGCAAUCCUGGAAGCCAACGGCAAGCUGAGCUGCCGCUGCCUCAAGAGCACGCGAGCCUUCAUCCCGCCGGAGAGGUACAGCAGCAUCGAGGUGUGGCCCGUGGGCAGCAGCUGCCGGCGCCCCGAGGUGGUGAUUAAGCUCAAGAGCCUGAAGAGGGUCUGCGUGGAUCCCGACACGCCUUGGAUGAAGAAACUCUUGCAGGACCUCCCUCACUUGAGGAAGAAAAAGGCUCCCCGCUGAGGAAGCUGCCACCAGAGGCACGGCCAGAUGUGCUGGGCCCAAAACUGCCUCCCUUCCCCAUCCUGCUGUUGCCUUACCCCGGUCCAGAGGGGAGGAUGCUUCUGCCUGAGCCCCUUUUAAUGCCUUUAAACCCUUAAAAAUGCCCAUCCCUGCUUCCCGCCUCUCCCAUCCCGAAGCCAUGCGCUGGGCGUCCCUCUUGAGCCCGACCCAGCAGGCCCAAUAAAGAUGGCAGCCCUCUGUCACUGUC